AUGGGAAAAGGUUUCCUCCCUUCCGUGAAGAGGGUGCACUCGCAAGCGUUGAAGCAGACUCCUGCAAUUGACCCGCCUUGUGCGAAGCAUUCGUACAGGGAGGUCAAAAGAAGGAGCAUCGUUGCCGGCCUUAGGAUGAUGCGAGCUCCAGCUGUGAUCGCAGUCCUUGUCAACAUGGUGUUUUCUCUCCAACACCUCGACUUUGCCCGUGAGAGUGAACUCCAGCAUGUGGAACUAUUUGCUGGCGAUUGCUCGGUCACCAGGGGAGAAGCCAUGGAGGGCAGGCGAUGCAUCGGGCUUGAUAUCAAGAUUGGCGGCGAAGCCAUGGACUUGACCACAACCCCUGGUUUCAUUGCAGCGGUGUACCAAACAUGUCGAUUGACACCAGGAUCUGGAUGGCUGGCUGCCCCAGUUUGCAGCUCCUUUGUCUUCAUGUCAAGGGGGACUACCAAGCGCAGCGCAGCGCGACCUUUGGGUGAAGAGUCCUAUGAGAGCGUCAGGAUUGGAAACCUUUUGACUGCCAGAACAUUGGUGAUUCUGAUGAUCGCACAUGCAUUGCGGUGCUUCUGGGUCUUGGAGCAACCCAAAGGAAGUGUGAUGGAAUUGCAUCCAUGCUUCCAGGAAGUUCUGGGGCGCAUGACCGUGUGGAAGCACUGCAUACAAAUGCAGAUGUUCGGGGCCCCGACUGCAAAGCCCACAUGGCUUUAUGCCAGUCAUGCUGCUAUCGAUGAGAUUGAGGAUUUCAGGCCUCGUAGCCUUCCACCACCGCCUCCAGUGGAGAUGGCAGUUCUUUACACCGACUCUUCAGGGCAGCAGCGGGUGAAAGGUUUGGAAAGGCUCUUGCUCGCCUGCGUUCUCGCGGCUAUGGGAAGAUUUGUUCUCAAGACGGCGUUGAAAGGUGCCCCAAAAGAAAAGACACUGAAGAGUGAACCGGUGAAGGUGAAGAAAAACACUAAAGAGGAGGCAAAGCAGCAGAAAGAAAAGAAGCAAACGGCAGAAAAGGUAAAGCAGAAGAAAGCGGCGAAGGGUGGGAAGAAGGAGGAUCCACCGAAGUUGAAGAAAGAAAAGCGGGAAAAGAAGGUGGCGCGAAAGGAGGGGGAGAAGAAUGAGAAGAAGUCAAAAGAAAGGCCAACGAACGUGAAGAAGGAAGAGAAGGUUGCAAAGAAGGUUGAAGAGAAGGAGUCACAGCGCAGCAAGAGAGCGGCAGAGACAACACCAGAUAUUGAUCCAAAGCGGCCUCCUCGCAGGGUGUCUUUCAAGAGUCCAGACCCGUUGAUGACACCGCCAACGACUAGAGGACUCGUUUCGCCAUCGCCUGCACCUUCUGCUGCGCAGAGCAUGGAGUCUUGGAUGGAGGAGGCAGCAGCCAGUGGCCAGAGUUUGGAGGACUUCAUGAAGGAUAUGAGCUCCAAGUUCUUGGAAGCCCAAGUUGAGAGUCGCAUGAAGAGCCUCGUGUCCAAGAAUGGCAAGGAGGACGAGGAGGAGAGCAAAAAGGAUGAGAGCAAAAAGGAUGAGAGCAAAAAGGAUGAGAGCAAAAAAGAUGAGAAUGGCAAAAAGAAGAAACAUGAUAAGGCGGAGGAAGCGAAGGAGAGCAAAGAAGAGAAGGAAGAUGGGCUCGCAUGUGAAGACUCUUCUUCAGUGUCAGACACUGAGGCUGAGGACACAGAUGCUGAAAGCCAAGAUGAAAAUGAAGAAAUGAAGAGUGACAGUGAUGCGACCGAGGCUGAUAGCGCCAGUGAGGGUGAGGAUGAUCAAGAGGAGGAGGAAGGAGAAGAUGACGACGAAGCCAUUGAUCGGGAGGUUGAUGAGCUGCUGGAUGGAAGCCCGUUGAGUGAAGAAGAAGAUGAAGAUGAAGAUGAAGAUGAUGGCAAGGGCGACAAGGAGGAGAAAAAGGGAAAAGGCGAGAAGGGUGAGAAGGGUGAGAAGGGCGAGAAGGGUGAGACCAAGAAGGAAACAAAGUCAAGAAAGGGAAAGGAGGAGGGCGAAAAGAAAGAUAAACCAAAGGACAUCAUCAAGGACACUGUAGAGAUGCAGGAACGGAAGUUCAAAGAUGCCACAAGUGUGACACACAAGGCUGAGUACGACAAAUUCUGCAGGCAGUGUCUGGACCGGAAGAAGUUCCCAGUCUCAUUGGCACCCCAUUUCAUCAAAGACAAGUUAGACCUGUUCCGGUCGUGGCUUGAAGUCUCUCAAAAGUGGGAGGAUGUGGAGGUCGAGUACCAGCGUCGUGCCGAGAGAAAGAUGACUUCAAAGAAGACAAGGUCUGGCAUGAAGCGCCGAGACAUCUUGAAAGUGUAUCCAAAAGAAAAGGCUGAAGACUUGAUCAAGCGUCUCAAAAGCAAGAACCUUUUCCACUAUGAUGAGGAUUUCCCCAACGAUGAAGAAGAGAUCUUCUACUAUGUUGGCCAAGGAAACGAAUUCAAAGAUGAGAACAUCACCACAGAGCGAGUUUCUGUGGGCUUCAAAGAAGUUGGAAACAAAGAGCUUGUGGACAACCUGACAGGGGAACAGGGUUUGCUAAAGAAUGGCUGCACACCUGCAGUGCGUGCACCGAAUGAAGCAGGGGAGAAAGCUCUCAUCGAAGCAGUUGCUGGCAACAGCACUGAGAAAGCACCAAAAGAGAAGAAAAGGGAACCAGCCACCAAGGUGGAACCAAAGACCAUUUUGGAAAAGGCAAGAGACCAGAUGGAGACAUGUCUCCGAAAAUCAGCUGAGGGUCGCAAAUAUGCCAUCAGCCUGCAAGCCACUGAAUACAGUGGUGAUUUGGCCACCAAAAUGAUGGCAUUCAGCGAAAAGAUGGAGAAGUGCUAUAAAGCCCUGGUUGAGCUGGUGCAAAGAAAGGAAGAAAGGGAAGCAAAGUAUGCCAACCUCUUCAGUGUGAUUGCCGACAAACUCUCAUGGUAUGAGAGCGCCGAGGGCGCGGCCAAAGGCUUGCUGUCGAGCUUCAAGCCAAAGAAGGGCAAGAAGAAGACCAAAAAGACUGAUGGACCUGGUGAGAGCGAGAAGGACGCCAAGGAAGCCAAGCCGUGA